CUCAAGCAAAUGGAAGAGUCUUUUACGCAUGCGUAGAACCGCUGCUGGCCUGGCUCAGGCUCAGACGUCAUCGUGUUGUCCUGGAAGAUAACCGGGAUGUGACUGAUGCCCCCCACCGAUGAUCUCCAGUAAACUGGUGCACUUGACGGCAAAUCCGGAAGAAUAUCCGCCCAGCGCCCACCGGGGACCCCCGCUGAGAGGCCUCUGAGAGCGGACAGCCACGCACACGGACUCCGGGUUCUUGCCGGGUUCUGUUGGACCUGCAUCAACAUGAGUGGCGCCGCUCUCGGGAUUGAGAUCAUCCUGGUGUUUUUCCUGGCGCUGUUCCUGCUGCACCGAUAUGGAGACUUCAGGAAGCAGCAGCGGAUGGUUCUGUUCGGCACGCUGCUGGCCUGGUACCUGUGCUUCCUCAUUGUCUUCAUCUUACCCCUGGACGUUAGCACGACCAUCUACAGGCAGUGUGUCUCGGAGCACGAGGACCAUGGCUCUGGUCCCACCGUCGGCCCGAUGCCACUCAACCAGACUACACCCAACAUGUCAGCAGCAUCGGCUAAAAGGGUGUCAUCCUCUCCAUGCUACAAGCCGUGGAGCUACAUCCCUGAAGGCAUCAUGCCCGUGUUCUGGAGGGUGGUCUACUGGACGUCUCAGUGUUUGACCUGGCUCCUGCUGCCCUUCAUGCAGUCGUAUGCUCGCUCUGGGGGCUUCUCCAUCACUGGUAAGAUCAAAACCGCCCUGAUCGAGAACGCCAUCUACUACGGCACCUACCUGCUGAUCUUCGGCUCGCUGCUCAUCUAUGUGGCCGUCCAUCCUGAGUGGCGCCUGUCCUGGUACGAGCUGCAGACCAUCGGCAUCACAGCGGCUAAUACCUGGGGUCUCUUCCUGCUGGUCCUGUUGCUAGGAUACGGUCUGGUGGAGAUCCCACGGUCCUACUGGAACGCCUCCCGACACGGACUCCUCCUCAUCAAGACCUACUUCAAGGCUGCCAAGCUGAUGACGGAGAAGGCUGACGCUGAGGAGAACCUGGAGGAUGUGAUGGAGGAGGUGAGGAAGGUCAGCGAGUCCAUCAAGUACAACCACCCUCUGAGGAAGUUCAUCGACACAGUCCUAAGAAAAUGUCCGCUGGACUACCAGGAGAAGAUGGGUCGGAACAUGGACGACUACGAAGACUUUGAUGACAAACAGAACACGUACCCGACGGAGAAGAGCCUGGUGAAGCUGCACAAACAGGUCAUCUACGCGGUCCAGAGACACAACAGGACCCGGGUCCAGUGGCAGAUCCUCCUGCAGCAGGCCAUCCACCUGGAGGACGUCGCCAAGAACGAGACCAGUUCCACUCACCAGUUCGUCCACAGCUUCCCGUCCUCGGAACCGACGGGCUGGUUCAGCAGAUACGUCUACACCCCGACAGCAGAGUGGUACUGGGAGUGUCUUCUGAAGCGCUGCUUCUACCGGCUGCUGUCCGUGGUCCUGACCCUGUUCAGCGUGGCUGUGGUCUGGUCCGAGUGCACGAUGGCGUGCUUCAUCACCAUCUUCUUCCUGUGCACCUGCGUUUACUCCACGGUGUUCCGUAUCCGGGUCUUUAACUACUACUACCUGGCCUCCCACCACCAGACAGACGCCUACAGCCUCCAGUUCAGUGGCAUGCUCUUCUGUCGUCUGACUCCUCCCCUCUGUCUCAAUUUCCUGGGUCUGAUCCACAUGGACUCAGCAAUCUCCCACCAGCAGAAGCUGCAGACCGCCUACACCUCAAUCAUGGGCUCCAUGAGGGUCCUCUCGUUCAUCGCCAACGGUUUCUACAUCUACUACCCCAUGCUGAUCGUCAUCCUCUGCAUCGCCACCUACUUCAGUCUAGGGACUCGCUGCCUGAACCUUCUUGGCUUCCAGCAGUUCAUGGACGACAGUGAGAUGACCUCUGACCUGAUCGAUGAGGGAAAGGAGCUGAUCCGACGCGAGAGGAGGAAGCGCCAGAGGGCCGAGGAUGGAGAGAACAGACGGAGAGAGUGGAAAGAGCGUUAUGGAAACCAGAGAGAUGACUUCUCAGCCAGGAACCGCAGCAACCAUGAGAUGAAGGAGACAAGUUACUCAGAGUCCAGCAGGGACAGACAGGCUAAAUAUUCGCGCUCUGGAAGUCGAGCAGAGAGGGACUGCAUCGAGCUCCUGCAGGACGCAGAGCCGUUAGACUUUAAUGCAGACGCGCUGACUGACGAGUCCCUGGAGAGCGACUCGGGCAGGCACACCGGAGGACGGUACCUGUCCAUGUCGUCUUCUCGGAACCAAAUAUUCGACGAUGUUUAACUUGAUUAUCCUGCAGAGGCGAUGAGCUCCACCUCCUUCCAGCAUGCAUCUAAAAAUUAAACAGCUGUGUCUGAAGCUCCGCCUCCUUGGAACACGGUGAACCCUUUGAUUGGAUAUCCGGACUGGCCCGGCUUGGCUGGUGACUGAAGCACUUUACAGGAACUUUGCUGUUGUCACGGAUAUGGAAGCCUCUGGUGUGGAGUUGAGUUCCUGCUGACUGAGCAUGUUCACAAACGUCUAGCUGCUGGUUGUCCGACACGCUCUGGUGAAGCUGACUUUACUAUUUAUUUAUGUUUUAUUUUCUCAUUAAUCUCCACGUCGUAGAUUUAUUUAAUUGAUAAAUCACUGAUAAUUUAAUCUGCACUCGAUCAAAAAUGUCUGAACUACUAAUUGAAGUUGACGGUGUUGUUUUGAAGGAGUGAGGUGAUGUUGUCAGUUUGGUCCUGGAUCUUCUAUCUGAAGAAUGUUUUUGUUGUGUUCCUGUCACUCUUGUGUUAUACCUCAAACUGAAUGUAUAUUUGCUCCAUUGGUUUCCUCUGAGUAGAAAACCAAGCAGAAACCUGCCUGAAGACACCUGUGCAGCAGCACACCCUUAUGUGUGUUACCUGACAUGCAAAGAGGACCAAGUCCACAUCCCUGAGGAACUACUGCAGUCUUUGCAGAGGGAUUAUUCUGCUCUACAUAUUGCAGCCGGAGGAGAAGGAAACAUCUAGAUCUGAUUGAAAUGUCCUGUUCAGAACUGAAACGGGUCAUCCCUGUUUGAGCUGCAGGACUGAUGAGGAUGAGGAGGAGGAAACCAGGCUGCUCUACAUCUUCAUCAGUUUCUCUGUUCUGUAAAUUUGUACAAAAUGUUUUGUAUUACAGGCUCACCCUAGUACCGUGUGUCCCAUCCUACUCUGGUUUUAUUCUCCGUCUGAGUCUCUGUGUGGUGAAACCAGGUUCUUCUAACCUUGUCAGAAAAUAAAACGGCAAUCCAAGCAGAACAAA